GCUGGCAUUGAGCAAGUGGGAAGAGAGGAGAGAGAGAGAGAGAGAGAUCAAGGUACAGAGCUUUCAAUUGAUGAAUUUUUUUCUGUUUGGUAGCUGGGAACUCGUAGGAAACCAGAAAAACGAAAACUUUAAUAAGCCCUACGCUAUUUCACAAAGAGUUCUACGUCUACAUUUCUUCUUAACCGAACGGCACGAGUUCUUGAAAUCUUGCUGAAAGUUGGGGUUUUUGUUACUGACCAGGGCGGAGAUCGAUUUGAUCGGGGCCGGAGAUGUCGUCGUCCAGCGCUGUGGAUCCGGAGGGAGAACCGAUCCCGACGUCGGCGGUUCUGAUGGCGUCGGCGAAGCACAUAUCGACUAGAUGCAGGGCUGAGAACGUUGCUUUUCUCAAGUGCAAGAAAGACGACCCUAACCCCGAGAAAUGCCUCGACAAAGGCCAGCAAGUCACUCGCUGCGUCCUCAGCCUGUUGAAAGACCUUCAUCAAAGUUGCACAAAGGAGAUGGAUGCUUAUGUUGGUUGCAUGUACUACCAUACCAAUGAGUUUGAACUAUGUCGCAAAGAGCAGAAAGAGUUUGAGAAAGCAUGUCCCUUGAAGUGACUGGAAGAUGCCAACCCGAUUCCAAUGCGCGUAAUAAUUUUGGCUAAACUGUAAUGAGCAAUUGUUCACUUUUUUGAUGGGUUUUUAACCCGACGACGGUCUUAUUGGCGCAUAUUGUCCUUGAGAAAUGCUUCCUGAGACGACAUUUAUUUCCCAUCACAAAUAUCGAUAAAAUACUCCAUUCCUUGUUGAAA